UGGAUUUUUUUUCUCUCUUUCUGCCGGCUCGGAGGCUGUUUGUACACAAACACACACACACACACACACACACACAACACGCUGAGAAGGGGAGACACAUACAUAUUCAAAAGAGCAGCGAGCGGGUGAGCUAACCAUGGAGGAGCUGACGGCGUUCGUCUCUAAAUCUUUCGAGCAAAAAAGCAAGGAUAAGAAAGAAGCGAUCACUUAUCGGGAAGUUCUGGAGAGCGGGCUAGCUCGAUCCAGGGAACUGAGUGGCUCAGAUUCCAGCUGCCAAGAGAUCACUGACACCAACCAUUGCACAACACACGUUUACAAGGAUGUGGAGAACGAGAACGAGAAAGUAAAAGACUUGAACUCCGCCAGAACUUCUGAAGGUAUUUAUGAAUGUAAAGAGAAGAGAGAGGAUGUGAAAUCGGAAGAUGAGGACGGCCAGACAAAGUUAAAGCAGAGGAGGAGCCGGACCAACUUCACACUGGAACAGUUGAAUGAACUGGAGAGACUUUUCGAUGAGACGCACUAUCCGGACGCUUUUAUGAGAGAGGAAUUGAGUCAGAGACUUGGCUUGUCCGAAGCUAGGGUCCAGGUUUGGUUCCAAAACAGGCGAGCAAAAUGUCGGAAACAAGAAAAUCAAAUGCAUAAAGGAGUAAUAUUAGGAACGGGAAGCCAUUUAGACGCGUGCCGUGUAGCUCCCUACGUGAACAUGGGAGCAUUGCGGAUGCCUUUCCAACAGGUUCAGGCGCAGUUGCAACUGGACGGCGUGGCGCACGCGCACUCGCACCUCCACCACCACCUGGCGGCGCAUGCUCCGUACCUGAUGUUCCCGCCGCCUCCGUUCGGGCUGCAGAUCGCCUCGAUCGCCGAGUCCGCAUCGGCCGCCGCCGCCGCCGCCGCUGCCGCCGCCGCCGUCAAGACCAGCAGCAAGAACUCGAGCAUCGCCGACCUGAGGCUCAAAGCCCGUAAGCACGCCGAGGCGCUGGGCCUCUGACAAUCAGCCGGGCCGGGGCCCCCGGAGUCCCGCCAGCACCACCCCCAGUGCCCAGCUGGGGCGCGGUGCCAAAGCUGCCCACUGCACAAGCUCCACCAGGUCCACUUCAUGAUGCACAGCCCGGACGCCGCCAGUGGCAGCAGCACCGUGCCAGGGGUUCAAGAGCACUUCUAAAACACCAAACAACCCAAGAAUAAAACACACACGAACCUGCAAUGCCCUUCCAUCGGCCCCUCACCCACCCAACAUCAACCCCAAAACUCUACCACAAAGAGGCAUCUCAGUGCUAAAACAGGGUGAUUGCCACUUUACCACCUCAACCAGAAAGACAACAGACACUACACCAAGGAGUACCGUCCACGUGGCUGACACCAGAGGGGAGAAUGAACUUAUAACUGGGGCGAAGCCCACACUUCCAGUUGCGCAUCUCAUAUAUGUGUACGCACGCCUCUGCAAAAGCGAAUUUCGGUGCUGCAUACGCACAGAGAGACUAAAUACUUGCGAGAUUUGCUGACAGAUGGCCACCUUAUUUGGGGGGAGAAAAAAAACAGGAGAGGACUUCACCCGACCUGAAGACUUUCCUCAUCAACCUGUUAAGAAAUGUUCACACGCUGCUCUGCAGCAGGUGGGACUUGAACCAAUGUCUGCCAGCUCCAAGGUAGGGACACUGCCAAUGUGCCACAAGAGCUCCCUGGGUCGAGCUUGAAGACUUGCCAUCCCUGCUGUGCUACUCGAUGGGCCUCAGAUUUCAAUACCGCCCUCAAACUCUCCUAAUUUCCUGAUGGAAACUGACCGAGGUUAAAGGUCAAGGAUGACGCCAAGAUAGCCUGUCUGGUCUUGGUCACUAUUUCAAUACCACGCUCUUCUCUCUCGGUCUCUAUGUAGGUAUGAAUAGAAGUGAAUGUAGACCUCACCGCACAACUUAUCUGAAGGUGGCAGAUAUAUCCCUUUCAAGUGCUGAUGAACUACAUAACAGAAAACACAUACCACACAUUUAAGAACAAAUACAACUCCUGUGGACUUCAUUAAGGAUGUGGAAUUCUGUAACCGUGUGCCCGAUACUUAAAAUGACAGAAGACUUAACUGGGUUCAUUUUUCUUUCUCGAGACGCUAUCACGUAGGAAACAGCAAUAAAUGAUAUCUACCACUCCCCCCCCCCCCCGCCAAACCCGCACCGACCUCUGCACCCCAGCCCCCUCGCACUCUCUCUCUCUUCGUUUCAUGGACUGGAGACUUCCUGAAGAAUUUUUAACUCGAUUUCUGGAUAGCUGUCUGCAGGCGACCGUUUAUUGUUCCAGUCAUUUUGCAAUGUGGAACAAUAAGAAACAUACAUACACACACAUACACACGAAAACAAUGACAAGCAACCCUGACCGGGACUUUCGACCGAUUUUUUAAACUAUUGUUUACAAUAAAGAGAAGGGAACGAUCGGAGAAAGAUGAAAGGAUAAAUAGCCUGCUGGCUUGCUAAAUGAAAUUAAUAAUAAAGAAAACCCUGUCUGAAGUAA